ACACUGCUCUGAUCCAUACUCUCUCUCAUUUCCACCACAAAUACUCGACUGGGAACCAAUCACCACAGAGCACCUGGACUUCACUGAGAGCUGUGGGAGGCACCACGUCACUCAUUCACACCUGCAGGGACCAACAGAGAGCACAGACAGGAUGCGUUUGGUGUUUGCUUUGGGGCUCUUUUCUGCCCUGCUGCAUCUUUCUACGGCUCUGCUGCUGGGAGCUUUCAACAUCAAGUCAUUUGGACGCACAAAAGCCUCCAACCCGGUUGUGAUGAACAUCAUCACUCAGAUUAUCCACCGCUAUGACAUCAUUCUGAUCCAGGAGGUCAGAGACCCCGAUCUGUCUGCAACCACAAUACUCAUGAACUAUGUCAACAGAGGUUCUCCUCAGUUCGACUACAUCGUCAGUGAGCCUCUGGGUCCCAGCACCUACAAGGAGAGAUACCUCUUCCUCUACAGGCUGUCGAUGGUGAACGUGGUUCGAAACUACACGUAUGGUGGUGGCACCUUUGGCAGACCGCCCUUCGUCGUCAUGUUCUCCUCUAGUCAAACCGCUGUGCAGAACUUUGUUCUGAUCCCCCAGCACACCUCUCCAAGAUUCGCUGUGAGGGAAGUGGACGCUCUCGUCGAUGUGGUGACUGAUGUCAACAACCGCUGGAACACCAAUGACAUAGUGCUGCUGGGCGACUUCAACGCAGCCUGCAGUUAUGUUAAACGCUCUGACUGGCCGAACAUCCGCCUCUUCACCAACAAGAGCUUCCACUGGCUGAUCUCCGAUGGGGAUGACUCUACAGUGUCAGGCUCUGGCUGCGCUUACGACAGGAUUGUGGUCACCACGAACAUGAUGAGGGGAGUGGUGUCGGGCAGCGCUCAGGUCUACAACUUCAUGGUGGCGAUGCAACUCAGCAGGACUCAGGCAUUGGCCGUCAGUGACCAUUUCCCUGUGGAGGUGACGCUGAGCAAGGCUCCUGCUGUCUGAAUCCCAGCUCCCACAACUCUUCCACAGGCCGCCAGGCUAAAUCUGAAUGAUGACUACUCAGUGGGGCAACUCUCGCCAA